AUGAACCUCCCGAUCGUAUCUCUCCUCUUACUACUCUACUGCACCUCGGUCUACCCAGUAAUCGACAGUAAUCCCCAAAUCUCCAAGAGCGAUAUUCAUAAAUUCAAAGCUAAUAUACUACCCAUCCCUUCCAACCCCCCUCAAGCUCAUCCUCACUACUACAAACGUAAUGGCAAUCAAAUAUUGGUACCCAUGGUACCAUUGUCAGUUAUGACAUUAGGAAAUGACCAUAAACCGUUGAGACACAAGGCCAGGUCGUUGGAAGAGUUGAGUGAAGUGAAUACGGAAGAAGAAGAGAGCAAAGAAGACUUUGAUGUAAGUAAAAUGAUCGUCCAGAAGGCGUUUAAAGUCGCUCAAAAGGUGUUCCACAAGUUCACAAAAUUUUUCGAUUUUGUGAGUUGUGUUUGAUUUUAUAUAGAGUAGAAUAUGUGUAUUAAACUAAGGCUUAGAGCUAGGGCCAGGCCAUAGACUAAAGCUGGGAUAAGGCUAAGUCAGGAACUAAAGCUAAGGAGAGAGCCAAUUCCGUAGGGCAAAGGCUAGAGCUCUGGGUUAUAGAGCUAGAACUAAAGUUUAGACUUUGGACUAAGCCAUAGACUACAGCUGAAGCUAGGACUUUGCCAUAGACCAAAGCUGGAGAUAGGACUAAGACACAUCUAAGGCGAGGGCCAAGAGACUAAAGCUACUCCCUAUGACUCUGGGCUAGGGCUCUGGGCUAGGGCUCUGGGCUAGGGCUCUGGGCUAGGGCUCUGGGCUAGGGCUUUGGGCUAAAGCUUUGGGCUAGGGCUCUGGACUAAGGCUCUGGGUUAGGGCUCAGGGAUAGGACUCUGUGCUAGGGCGAACUCUGGGCUAGGCCAGGGCUUUAAAAAUUAUUAUCCCUCUGCCUUUUACAGAUAGACUCAGACAUAGGUACAGAACGUAUCUACCCCAAAGUCACCUCCUCCACCACCCACCCCUCCACCACAACACCCCACCCAACAACUACAAGCCCAGUAGACAAACCCAUUUAUAAGUUGAUCUACUUUGAUGCUCGCGGAAUUUGUGAAUCGAUCCGGCUUAUGUUCAUCUACUCCAACAUACCAUUCAUCGACAAACGAAUCACCUUGAAUGAAUGGAUGCGCUUAAAAGAAAGUAAGCGACUCCGCCGUUCUAAACACUUAUUUGCAGCCACCGAGUUUGGGAAACUGCCAAUUCUGGAAGUAAAUAGCAAAAAACUCAGUCAAUGUCUGGCCAUAUCGCGGUAUUUGGCGCAUAAGUUUGGUAGGUCGUGUGGAAAUGGCAAAACUUUUUUUCAAAAAAAAUGUUCGAAAAAAGUUGAACGUGUUCCCCCCUGUGGAUUUUUUUGACCCCAGACCAAAAGUCCCCGCCCGGCCCUGAUGAUAAUAUAAUAGGUAUAUAAAACUAUUUUUACUAAUCUAAGAGAAAGAGAGCGCAGAAUUAAGUGAACAACCUAAUAAUACAAGCCCCCAUUUUUAGGAAUGGCAGGUUCGGACGAAUGGGAAGUGGCGAAGCUAGAUGAAGUUAGCGAGUUUCAUCGUGAGGUUGUACACGACAUUUCCCCCUAUUUCUAUGUUGUUAGCGGCUAUCGUAAAGGCAAUGCGGUAAAGUUUAUUAACAUUGUAUCAUACUAUUCUAAAAAAUCAUUUUUUUUAUUUUGGGGUAUUAUAAUAUAUUAUAUUUGUAUUGCGUCCUAAUCUAAAUAAGACAGUAAACAGUACCGAUAAUGCCAACACAACUUCAGGACCAAAUGAGAAGAGACGUCUUCCUCCCAGCGAUUGAAAAGCACCUGCCCAACUAUGUGAAACUAUUGAAAAAGUCAAAAUCCGGGUUUUUUGGAAAGAAAGUUUCGUGGAUCGAUUUUACCAUCAGCGAGUUCUUGUUUACCUUGAAGACGUACGAAAGUCGUAUCUUGAGGAAAUUCCCACAACUAGUACGCUUCUUGGACAGAGUGUACCAUUUGCCGGAAAUUAGAAAUUACCUGAAGGAACGAGCCAAGACUCCAUUAUAA